AUGCCUGUUUGGCGGAGGAGAAAAACGACGGCUGCUGCAGUUCCGUUGGGAUCGGGAAGUGACUCUGAGUCCACAUCGGAUGAUCAGCAUGCGUACUCGAGCUCGGUCUCGGAGUUCUCGUGCUCUGAGGCCCCGUCUCAGUGCGGGCGGCAGAUGCCACCCCGUCGACCGCGUAGCGUGACGUCCUUCCCGACAUCCGGUGCCGGUGGCCCUUUCAAUUUAGCGCUUUUGCCGUCGUCACGGAAUGGGACUCUCCGUUCAUUUAUGUUGUCACCCUGUCGGUUUGCAAGAACGCAGUCCAAUCCUCUGUUUGCAGGCGCCUCUUGGGAACAUGAUUCUGCCCGCAACGCCUCUUUGCAGGAAAUCCCCGUUCCAAGACGGUUACUUCCACGACAACGACAAAGAGAGACGAUGCGUAUGCUCAUUAUUGGUGCCCCACAGGUUGGGAAAUCUUCUUUAGUAAACAGUUACCGUGCAGCAGUGACAAACAAUACAAAGUGGCCUGCCGCACCGGUGGGUAUUUGCGGUUUUUGUGGAACCACUACCGUUGAUCCCUUCCCUAAUCAUCCCUCAGAGCCGACGUGGUUGUGCAUCGACACGCCGGGGAGGUUCUACGACGCCAGUAGUCAGCAACUCCUCCAAAAACUUUUUUUGGGAGUGCCGUGGAAAACACGACUCGCUGGCAAGGAUGCCCUGCGUCUGGAGGAGAUUGAAAGGCUUCCCGUGGUUUCUGAAAACAGUGCUCAUCAGUGCAUUGUGGUUGUUUCCGCUAUAGAUUUGAUAAAAGACAAUGGUUGGAUGAAUGUUUUCUUUUGGAAAUCACGUUACGAAUCAGCUCCUGAUGCCGACGGUGUUGUCAUGAACCUUCAGGGUCUUAUUUCCUCUGUGCGCUCAUUUUUACACGAUGCUUCGCCAUUUGUUGUGAUAUCCAAGAUGGAUCUCGUCGGAGGUGCUGGAAAUGCGGCGGCUCGACGGGCCAUAUCGUCCAUGUUAGCGCGCUGCAUUCCACUGAAUCGCUUGUACUUUUGUGCAUCCCCAAAUGAUGAAUCUUCGUAUGAGACCAAACGCCCUCACACAGUGGAUUUGGAUACUCGAGUGAGCCUAAUUCGGUUACACGAGGAUUUGUCGUUGGCUUUCCGCUGGAGGAGAACUAUUGAGGAAGACGCAUGA